GGAAAACAAACUCAAGAAUACCUUCUAACUACUGGGUAACCUGACAGCGAACUUGAGCAAACAUGGCAUGGAGUUGUGCAGCAUCCCACAAAAUGGCCUAUCUUGUUUGUAUCUUGAUCAUUUGUGUCCCAGGCCUUCCUUUUGUCGAAUCAGCCGAUUUUGGCGCUAGUCAGCCCACGCUUCCAAUGAGGCAAAACCCGCUUCCCCCGACGACUAAGACUAACGCGUCUAACACGACAAGCACCCCGACCAGCAUGACCAACACGACUAGCAAGACCAACAAUUUCGUUUCAGUUAACACGCCAUUGAUUUGUAAUGCGGAAGCACCCACCCCGGAAGUCUGGAAAGCUCACAACAUAUCUGGUUAUCUAGCAAGUUAUGCAAAUGGGAAAAACGUGACAAUUUCGGAAUUUGCAAGGCAAAACGGCGUCUCCAAUUUUAUUUGUGGGAUUGGAGAAACUUGUGAUGCAGGACAGAUCUGCGCUCCGAUUCCUGGACCAGUUUGGCAUGUUUUAUACUCAGUCCAACAGUGGCAUCACGUUCAGGAAUCUUUCAGUAAAGGGUUAGGUUUUGCCGCCGCCACGAUAAACACUGUCGCGUCACAAAUCUCGAUCGAUCUCUUCCCGCCCGAAAAAGAGAAAUCUGAUCACCUUUUCCAAGCCUCUUUCAUUUUGGCAUUGGUCGUUGCAAUCUGGGCUACCGUUUCGGCGGCUAUAAUGAUUUGGAUUCCCGGAGUCAACACCCUAGCCUUGGGCAUGGCGGCAGCAGCUGGAGCUGCAGUCUCAGCGGCUCAAACUGCCACAACCAUGGAAGCUCACAGGCUUUAUGAAAAUAUGAAAUCAGAUGCUUUUUCUCGAUGGGCGGAAUAUACGGAAGCGAUCUCACAGUGGAAAGCAGGCAUGGAAAAGAGAUUAGUCGAUGAUGUGAAACGUGCUCUCGAAAGCGGAAUCAAUGACCCAGCAGGCUUCGGUGGAUUACUAGCGGAUGGUAAACUGUUCACCAACACGUUGGACAAGAGUACUUAUGACAUUGAAAAAUCUUUGGAAGAAGUAGUCAAACGGAGGAUAAUUAAUACUAUUCUAAUUCAAAAAAAAGCCUUUGUUACCGUCAACAGUGAUGAAUGCAAACAAGGAGGUCCAGAUGGAGCAUUCAAACCAGAGGAUGGUUGGUUGAGCUGGUGCAAAGACGGAAAAAAUUUGGUGGUUACAGUCAUGAUCCUUAUAAAGAUGGACCUUUACCAACAGACAUCAAUGCAGAUUGCAUUUUCAAUCUUCCAGUUUGUUAUCCAAGUGUUGAUAAAUCAAUCCGAAAAAAGAGAAGAAAAAAAGGGACUGUAGUAGCUUGCAGGGAAAAUGCAGCACUUCCAAUAUAGAACAAGG